AUCAUAUUUCACCUCACAUUCACAACACAACAGAGCAGAACUCUGUGUCCGCAGCUUGCGAGAAAAUGAGGAAGGCAAGCCGUCAGUCGAGGCAAACAGGCGAAGCCGAUGUCUCGUCAUCGCCGGUUACAUCCGCUACGGACAACAAAGACUACGAAAAUAGAGUUCAAGAGCUCGAGCGUCAAAAUGAAGCGUUUCAGAAGGAAAUUAAGGAUCUAAAAGACAGAUUAGAAAUUGCUUCAUCAAGUGCUGCAAAUAGUGCUAAAAAACUCAGAGAAGGUUAUAUUCAGAAGUUGGAUGUCCUUGGAGAUCAGGUUACAGAAUUGAAGAAAAAACUUGAUGCUCAAUCUCAGCUUUCAAUCAGAAGGCAAAAAGGCGAAGGAGCAACUAAACAGACAGAUCUCGAGAUCACGAGUUUAAAGGCUCAGAAGGUUCAACUACAAUGUAAGAUGAAGCUAGAGUCUGUUCAGUUCAGAUUAUGCAAAGGUUCAUUGGAGAAGGAAAUUCUACAGCUUAAGAGAGAUAAUAGAAGGAAUGAAUAUAAAAUGAAUAAUCUCAUAACUUCAAACCAGAGACUAAAGAUGGUUUUGCAACGGAAGACCGAGGAAGCUUCUGAAGUUACAAAAAGGAUAAGAAACCUUUUGGAAUCUCGAAGGAUUUCUGCACAAAGAAAAGCAGGUGCUAAACAUGGUAUUAAUUCUACUCAGUAUGUUGAGAAUGAAUUUGAAGUCACAGCAAGGUUACAUGAGUUAUGUUCCCAGUAUGAGCAUGAAAUCGAAGAGAAGGAUAAGGAGAUUGCAAGACUAAAGGAGGAAGCAGAAGCGCUGAUGCAAGAAACAUCAGGGUACUUAUCACAGAAGACUGAUGUCAACAUAUUGGAGAACAAUCAAGAUGUGAACGAACUAAAGGAACAAAUGGUGGUAUUAAGUGGUUUGGUUAACCAAAUGCGAAUCCAGAAGUUCAAACAUACUCAUAGGGAUGUAUCAAAGGAUGAUUCCGGUACAACCUCUGCUAGCGUUGGGAGUAACAAUCUGUUCGAGCAGUUUGAUACAGCUGGAGAGGAACAUGGGCAAGGAUUUGAAAUGGUGACAAAGAGAACUGUAAAGGCAGAAUGCUGCUCUUGUAGUAAGAAAUCACUGUGCAAGACAAUGAAGUGCAAAUGCCGAUCAACUGGAAGCAGCUGUGGGGCAUCAUGUGGCUGUGCGAUUGGAAAGUGCAGCAACAGAUAUGAGAAACCUGGUGAGACGAUCCAUGAAUUCGGGCCACCAAUGAAGCCUUUAUCUGACAUAAAGAAUGUAUUGACCAACCAGAUAUAAUGUAAGUAGCCAAAGAGCACAGGCGGGGCGAUAGGCUUUUCAGUUUCGUGCUGUUGAUUCGCCCAUCUACCUUCCUCUGUUAAGUAUACAAAACUAAAACAGCAACAUAAUCGCUGCACAUAAGAAGACCUUGUUUUGGAGUAACCACCAAUAGGAAAUGAGAAAAAUCUUCCAUCUCAAAGUUUGCCGCUGACACUAAAGUAUGAACACCUACUGAUUUUCAUCGUCAUCCCAUUUGAAUCGGAGCUUUCUCAGACCCAUAGAGUUGAUUGCUUACUCUUAAUUCUUCUCAUUUUUUAAAAAAAAAAUUCUGUAAUUGAUACGAAUUGCUGUAUCUAGUCAACUCUCAACUUGUUAUUUGAAUUCUAAUCUGAAAUGUCGCAGGGAAGGGAGGCUAGUCUGUGUGGUAUGGGCAUCUACACAUUCUGAAUUGGUCAAGGCUGCAGCCAUUUUGCUUGAAUAAAAUUCUGCUUUUGACCUCUAAA